AUGGCGGCUCGUGAUGGUAAUACGGACUGCACGACAGGCAUCAACGCAACCCGCGGCAUGCACCUAUCCAGGCCGCUUCCAUAUGCAGUACGGUCAGACCAGGCCUGCGGCGGUGUCAGUAUUCCAGAUCUUCCCAUGACUGCCCUUCCAGACAAGUGCAUGGUCAAGCACUUUGUUGAUGUCAUCAUGGAUGUACCGCCACCCAACAAGCAGAUGAUCGAGUCUGUCGUCAACCAAGGAAAAUGGUCUCAAGCUCCUGCUCCGUUCUGUCCCAAGACUGUCAUGGAUGUCAAGCUUAUUACCCAAUUCGUAGUUCUCCCGCAAGACAACGGUAACAUGUGCGUCCUGAAGCAUGUGCAAGCUCCUGACGUGAAGCUGACAAGGGACGUGAUUGACAAACUUUGCUACGGAUCAGUCUAUGGCUUAAAAUGGCAAGGCCACAGCGUCUAUGACUUCAAGAAAGGGUUUCAAUGGUUUCUUGAACAGCUGGGAGGUUGGCAAUGCAGGUUCUUCGGUCUUUCUCCCACGUACGCACAUCAGCAAAAGAGCUCAGGUGGUGGUUUCCAUUUGGGAGAUCUGAGUGAAGAAGACAUCGACAAGGGGUUCGCCUUCAUCGAGCAGGAGGCGGCCCACCUCGCCAGUGAGUACAAAAGGGUUCAGUGGAUCACGAAGAACCAGAACAUCAACGCGGAUUCACCAAUCUAUCAAUGGCCCGUCGGAGUGGUUGAAAAAUCGCUUCGGGCUAUCCAAACAGAUGGUGUUCUUUCCCUGCCCAUAGAGGACUUCUACCUUAGUCUCGCAGACCUGGAAUUUGACGCGCUGCAUUUUGGCAUCAACCAAAUCAUUAAGAGCAUGACUACCCGAGCUGCAGGCAUCGUGGGUGGGCCAGGUAGCGGGAAGACGCCACUGGCAAGGAUCUUGGCUUUGUGCGCUUCUCGCUAUUGGAAACGUCAACUUUCCCUGACAUCACCGCCUUCUUUUCGCGAAGCCUCUGAAUUUGACUUCUUCCGCGGACAACCUGGCCGCAAGGAUCGCCCAGAUAUACAUGACGAUGGGCGCCUUGCUGAGGAGCCGAUUCGCAAGAUGAAAGGCUUCACAGAUGUAGGCUGCACGAUGUUGACUAAGGAACGUUGGGGGGCAGCCAAGUUCGUGCAGGGUCAGUUUCGGGUGUUUGUCUGUAACGACAACGACACCACGGCUUGGGUGGAAGCCCACAAGGACCUGGUGAUCCGCCCUGUCUUUCCCAACGACACACCUCCACCACACAUCAUGGCGGUCUUGAAGCGUGCAAACAUCUUGGUGAACAUCGGCAAGCUCCUGGUUUUCAGGGAGGCAGGCCAGCAUGAAAAGUCCGUGCCCUGUCUCUCGAUGGAAAGUCAUGUGGACUACCGCAAGCUUGAUGGACAGCAAAAGUACCACCAGUAUCUCCACGGCAAGCUUUCCAAACCUUCGUCUUACGAGAAGGACGUGGAAUGGGAGGCGAGCUAUGUGGAUGCACUCCUCAAUGGCAAAACAUUGCCAAAGCCCAAACCAACAAUCCGAAAUGCAGAUGCCGUUCGUCGUCUCUUUCGUGGUGUAAGCCCUCGUCGUGAAGUGUCGCCCCUCGCGGUCGCUGUGAAGCAAGAGUCUUUCCAGUUUCGCAGAGCUUUGACUGGUCGUCUCACCGGCCAGUGUAUCGACCUUUGCUCUCCCCCCAAGAAGGUUUCCAAGACGGCAAUUACUUCGGACGCGAAGGCGGAAAUGCCCGAAGAGGUCACUUCCAAUGCAGCAGGUGUUGUCGAUCUUCAUGCUGAGCCCGUUGGCGUCCACAGUCCCUCCCAUUCUGACCCUGUCCCUGCGGAGGCAUCGGCUGCGCUUGUCCUUUCUCCAGGCAGCCAAAUGGAUGUCGCGAGUGAUGUAGUCGACCCCAUGGACGACUUGGAGGCAGAAUUGGAAAGGUACAUGGAGGAAGACUAG